AUGAGAUCUAAAUGUCAGGAUCUAUAUUAUGAAAGCUUUACUACAAGCACUUUUACAACAGAUGAGGGUAAGAGUUUAUAGUAAUAAGGAUGGAACUUAAAAGGUCAAUAUGGAAUAUAUAGCGAUUGUGGUCCAACUAGGCUGUUUGGGGGUUAUCAAAAUUUUGCUAAUGGUACAUCCAUUACUUUAUUAAAAUAAUUGCCACCUCAUUAUUCUAUAAAGAUUUCUGUCUAAUUUUGGAAGUAAGAAGGUUCUAAUAUUUUAAAGGAUAGAUUCAUGGGAUGAUGAACAUUUCUAUCUAUUUAUAGAUAAUUAAUAAGCAUUUAGUGGCACUUAUGAUGUCUCUGGUAUACCUAGGUGUGGUCUAACAAAUUGGGAUGACAGAAUUGUUUAAAUAGACAGGGAAUAAUUGCACACUUAUUAAUCUGUUUUGAUUUUAAUGACGACAGAUUUAGAUACUUUUGAUGUAAAACUGUUCUAUAAACUUAGGAAUUUUGGGGAAUUCGAAACUUUAAACUUUAUAUUUAUCCUUGUCCUGCAGGUUGCCAAAUAUGUGAUUCAGGAAAUACCAGAGUUGAUUGCAUAGUAUGGAUAGUAAUAGAUUCAAGUCUGUUGGAUGCAGAUUUAGAUCAGCUUGUAAUUGAUGGAUGGGAGAUAAAGAAUGGAUGUUAAUAAAAGAGUUAUUGUGCAUGUAUAAUAUUAUUAAUAUAGCUAUGCCAAUAUUAGGAGGAUAGGGAUGUUUUGGAAAAGGCACUAUAUUAACAAGAAGACUUAAUUUACCUCCUCAUGAUAAACUUAAAUUAAAAUUAAGAUAUAUCUUUAUUGAUACUUGGGAAAAUGAAUUCACUUAAAUUUUAAUCGAUGAUACUAUUAUAAGUACUUUCCCUUAUAAUUACGCUAAUUAAGUUAUUCGUAAUUUAUGUGGUUAAAUAUUUAAUGAAAAAAAUUAAUUAUUGGAAUUGACAAUAUCUCAUACAUCCUCAUAAGCAACACUGAAGAUUAUUAAUAAUUUAGAUUAAGGUCUUAUUAAUGAAUCUUUCGGAAUAAGAGAUUUUCAAAUCUUUAUAGGUAUUUAAUUACUGAUAAUUAGCAUGUGUGUUUGGAGAUUCAUUUAAUUAGGCUUGUGGAGUAAUAUGUGGUAAUGGAAUUAAAGAAGGUUUUGAAUAGUGCGAUGAUGGAAAUAUUUAUCCAUAUGAUGGAUGCUUUAAUUGCGAGUACUCUUGUGUGGAAGGAUGCUCUCAUUGUGUCUUUGGAGUUUGUUUCGAAUGUGAAGAUUUUUAUGAAAUUUAACCUUAUUUUAAUACUUGUACCCCUAAUUUAAUGGACAAAAAAAUAUCAUUAUGGGAAACUUGUGAUGAUGAAUUAAAUUAUUUAACUUGCAAAGACGGAAAGUUUUUUUGCCCAUAUAAUUGUUAAUUUUGCAUCUUUGGAUAAUGUUAAAUUUGCAUUGAGAAUUAUGAAUUGAUUAAUAAUUAAUGCGAACCGAUAUGCUAGGAAUAAUUUUUUACAAAUGAUAUUGAAUGUUAGGAUUUUAACUUAUUUGCUUUCGAUUAAUGUCAUUAAUGUAGCUUUGAACUAGAAGAAGGAUGCUCAUUGCACUCUCAUGGAUAGUGCAUACAAUGCUAAGAAGGUUGGGAAUUCGAUGAAGAAUAAUCCAAAUGUAGACCAAUUUGUGGAGAUUUUAAUAUUAGAGGGGAUGAACAAUGCGAUUAUUAUUAAAUUAAAUCAUAUAAACAAGUAUAUAGAUGUGAAUUUUGUAAAUAUACUUGCCAACCUGAAUGUAUUGAUUGUUAAUUUGGAAUGUGUUAUGAAUGCUCCACAGGGUGGGAAAUUAGGAAUUUUAAAUGCGAAACCAUUUGUAAUGAUAAUUUGAUUAAUGGUUUGGAAGACUGCGAUGAUUCUAAUACAAUUAAAUUUGAUGGUUGCCACUAAUGUCAUAAUGAUUGUUAAUAAGAAUGUUCAUAUUGUUAUAGAGGAAUAUGUUUAGAGUGUAUUUUUGGAUGGAGAUUGACUCAAGAAUUCAAAUGCCAAUCUAAUUGUGGAGAUGGAUUAGUAGCAUUAAUAAGUAUUGAAUAAUGCGAUGACAGCAACCUUAUUUAGUUUGAUGGGUGUCAUCUCUGCUAAUUAGAACAAUUCUGUGGAGACGGAAUAGUAAGUAUUCCAGAAUAAUGUGAUGAUAUGAAUGAAAUUCCUUAUGAUGGAUGCUUUUAAUGUUUGUAUUAAUGUGAAUUAGAUUGCAAAUUUUGUAAUUAAGGUGUAUGUUAAAUAGAUUGUGAAGCUGGCUAUUAAUUUAUAGAUAAUUAAUGUCAAGAAAUCUGUGGAAACGGAAUAGUUACUAUUUCUGAAUAAUGUGAUGAUAUGAAUCAAACUCCUUAUGAUGGAUGCUUUUAAUGUUUUUAUUAAUGUGAAUUAGAUUGUGAAUUCUGUAAUGAAGGUAUCUGUUAAAAAGAUUGUGAGCAUGGUUAUUAGUUUAUUGGUAAUUAAUGCCAGGAAGUCUGUGGAGAUGGAAUAGUUACUAAUUCAGAAUAAUGUGAUGAUAUGAAUGAUAUUCCUUAUGAUGGAUGCUAUAAAUGUGAGAUUGAGUGCUCAAAUAAUUGUUAAUUAUGCCAAUAGGGCUAGUGCAUAUUAUGCAAUGAAAGUUAUGCAUUGUCAUAAAUGGAAAAUUAAUGUAAAUCAAUAUGCGGAGAUGGAAUUUUGAAGGAUGAUGAAGAAUGUGAUGAUAAAAACUUUAUAGAUAAUGAUGGAUGCUCAAAAAAUUGUAAAAUUGAAUAAGAUUUUGUAUGCAAAAAUUUUGAAUAUACAUUUACUUUAUGUACUUACAAGCAAUAUCCUAAGUUUUAGGCUACUUUACUAAAUCAAAUUAGCUUCAAUUCUUAAUAUGUUAAACUAAACUUUGAUUAAUUAGUAAAAACUAAAUUGAAUGGGUCAUUUAUAGAUUAAAUUCAAGCUAAUAUACUUGAUUUAAAUCUUGAAUCCUAUCAAAUUAACAUACUUUCUCUUUAAGAUGCUUCAUAGACAUUAUCAUAAGUUGAAUAUAUUGUAGAAAUUUUAUUUAAGACUUAAUUAACACAUAUACCAAUAUUAGAAGUUAAAUUACUUGAUCAACUUUAUAAUGAAUAUGACUCUCCUUUAAUUAAUUAAUAUUUAACAAUUAGAUUGUUACAAAGUAAAUACUUAGAUGAAUAGGAACUUUAAUCUGCAAUUCAUGUAAAAGAUUCUGCUUAUUAUGCUUUAAUGAUUAUUGGUGGGUCUGGAUUUGUUUUAUUUUUGUCUGGUAGUUCUUUUUUUAUUAGUGCAAUUUUAGAAAUUCUUUAACAAUAGUCUUACUUAAGGUUUAUAAAUGUGGUAUUUCCAUUAAAUUUAUUUACAUAUUUUGAGUUAAGUAAUCUACUAUCACUUCAGCCUAUAUUGGAUAAGGUUUGGUAUAAUUUUUUCUCUAUAUCUGUAAUUGGAGAGAAUUUUGUUGA